UGUGCUUCUCACAUGCAUAGCAGCAUGCUCCUACCGAUUGUUCAUUGCUUAAGCAAUUUUUACGGUGAACAUCGGUACCAGGGAAUUGUUCUGUUCGUUGUGAAGAAAACGGUUCGGUGCAGUUAGACUUAGACAGGGCAUGAUUUCGAGGAGGUACCUCUUCAUUUGAAAUUGCUGUGCGGCAGUAUUAUAUCUGUUAAAACGGUACACGUAUUGCAACGCGGUACACUCCACUGAUCCUCACCAACACGGUGUCCCCGUUAACAUGGUACGCCCCAUUAAUCCCCUUAUUAAUACGGUACACCGUGUUCACCCCAUGAAAAAAAUGGUAAUACUCGAAACAACGCCCACCACCAUUAAUUUCACAAUCACGCCAUCCACAAAUUCAUUUCUCAACGCAAUACGUCGCACUCUUCUCAGCGAAGUGCCCACCAUAGCAAUAGAUCUGGUAACAGUACACAAGAACACAACGUGCAUUCCAAACGAAAUGCUCGUGCACCGCCUUUCUCUCAUUCCACUUCCCAUAACACCGCUAAAACGAAAGGAAGAAUGCACAUGCAACGUGUCAUGUCCUGAAUGCAGCGUUACCUUCUCUUUGAACGCUGUAUCGAACGAGGGCAUGACUGUCAAUGCAUCGCAUCUGUUCUCCGAUGCGGUGGAUACCACGCGGUUGAAAGGGUUGAUCUGCAAGAUGGGGGAGAAACAGAGCGUAAAGAUGACUGCGUUGGCACGGACGGGCGUUGCAAAGGAGCACGCCAAGUUUUGUGUGGUAACGGUGGUGAAGAUUAACGGUGAGAAGAUCGAGUUUGAGGUGCUUGAUGAGGUGGGCAAACCUGCUGAUGUGCUGGUUAUGGCGCUGCGGGUGAUUAAGGAAAAGGUUGGUCGGUUGAUACGUGCAAUUGAGGAGUACGAGGGGUAGAACGUACGGUUAGUUCGUGUCUUUGGUUUGGUGCCCUGCCAUUAAACACUCUUUUUAUGGCA